GGGGUAGUUAACAUACUGCAUUCCGACCAAGACCGAAACACUUUAUCAGCACCUUUUACUCGUUGGGUCGAGUCACGAAGAAAAAAAGAAAAAAAAGAAAAAGAAAAAAAAAAUAAAGCGACACACCAGAACCUUCCAAACAUGGCAGACCCAGCAACCUCCCCUCCCCUCGAGAGAGCCUCUAUAUUUGCCGCACACGAGCUGAUAAAACCCUACGUGCACCGGACCCCCGUGCUCACCAACGCCACCCUCACGGCGCUGGCGUCGACCCCGCGGACCGCCGAGGACCUACGCGCCACGAGGUGGGCCGAUCGGGCCGACCGCCCCGCCCGGCCGGUGCUGCGACUUUGGUUCAAGUGCGAGAACUUUCAACGCAUCGGCGCCUUCAAGCCGAGGGGUGCCUUCCACGCCGUCGAGCGCCUCAAGCUGAUCCCCGGGUGGCUGGAGGGUCAGGGUAGGACGAACGGCGUCGUGACUGCCAGCUCUGGCAACCAUGCCCAGGCACUAGCCCUUGCGGCGCGCACCUCCGGAAUACCAGCGCACAUCGUGAUCCCAAGCAUCGCGCCGGCACCAAAACUGGCGGCGACGAAGGCGCUAGGGGCAACCAUCUACCGCAGCGGAAGCACCUCUGCCGAACGCGAAGCAGUGGCAGCCAAGGUUGUCGCAGACACCGGAGGUCGGUAUAUCCCCCCUUACGACCACCCGGACAUCAUUCUGGGCCAGGGAACGCUGGGACUUGAGAUGCAGGAACAGGUUGAGGCGCUCAUGGCUGGCGGGGAUGGAGCUACGGCAGGUGGUGAUUUCACCCGGCGAGGCCAAACCUCAGGAACGCAGACCCAAGAUGGAGGUGAGAAGAAGAAGGGCCUCGAUGCUAUAAUGGCACCAUGCGGAGGCGGCGGUAUGCUCUCGGGUGUAGCAUUAUCCUGCGAGGGAACCGGGAUCCGAGUCUUUGGCGCCGAGCCCGAGUUCCAGGGGGCGGAUGAAUGCAAGAGGUCCUUUGAAGCGGGGCAACGUAUCGACACGGUCAAGUCGCUGACGAUUGCCGACGGACUACGGACCCCUGUUGGCAAAUACCCGUGGUCCAUCAUCUACGAGCGCCGCCUAGUGUCACAGAUGUUCAACGUGACCGAGGACGAGAUCAAGGAUGCACUGCGGCUGAUCCUGGAACGCUUCAAGCUAGUCGUCGAGCCUAGCGGUGCCGUGCCUUUGGCUGUCGCACUAUUCAACGAGGAUUUCAGGGCCAUGGUCGAGACCGAGGCCGGCGAGAACGGGUGGGAUCUGGGCAUCGUUCUCAGUGGUGGUAACGUUAGUUUGGAGAUGCUUGGGAAGCUCUUCCCUGAGGGUUUGCCUGCCUAGGCGCAAAGAUUGACGAACGAUCUGGACUUUUCAUCCGGUCCAUAAACAGACCGCUGGGGUAGUCAGUUGGCCAAGAAAAAGGCGAGAAACGGAUAGAACCCCUGGCGCCUUAUGCAACUAGAAUACUUGUCAACCAAAUAAUCAGUAAGGCCGACUAUUAGUGGCCAAGUAGAAAAAAAGCCUGACAAAUCAGUUGGCAUAGGUUUGCAUGCGCGUCAGCUUUGGACAGGCGCGAAUUGUAUUUCUAGUCCAC